AUGGAAAAAUCAGACCUUUUUUCAUUGUCUGAUCUCUUGUGUGAAGAAAACGAGUCUUGUUUGAAUGAACGCGGUAUCAAGGAUUUGGGCUCUGUUUCUGAGUUUGAUGAUGAGUAUAUACAGUUGUUAAUUCAAAGAGAGAGCAUUUUUCAAUCGGAUGGAAAUGGUUUUUCAAUUGAGAGUGAAGGAAACUGGUUGAAAUGCGCCCGUUUGGAAGCCACUAAAUGGAUUCUUGAGACAAGGGCAUUUUUUGGAUUUCAAUUUCAUACAGCUUAUCUUUCGAUUAUUUAUUUAGACAUCUUCUUUUCAAGAAGAUCUAUUGAUGAUCCUAAGUUGUGGGCUAUUAGAUUAUUGUCAGUUGCUUGUUUAUCAGUGGCAGCAAAAAUGGAGGAAUGUAUAGUUCCAGCAUUACCCGAAUAUCAUGUAGAUGAAUUUAAUUUUGAAGGGAAUGCGAUUAAGAAAAUGGAGUUGUUGGUUUUAAGUACUUUGAAAUGGAAAAUGAGUUUAAUUACUCCUUUUGCUUAUCUCGAUUAUUUCUCUGCGAAAUUCUGUGGUGAAUUAAGGUGCGAAGAACUGUUAAAAAGAGCCGUUGAAUUGAUCAUGGCUGUAAUUAAAGAAAUUAAUGUGGGGGAAUAUCGGCCGUCCAUUAUUGCAGCAGCCGCGGUUUUAGCCUCGUAUGAUUAUGCAUUAAUGGAAAAAGAUGUGGAGAUUAAGAUGAAUGUUAUUCCAUCAUGGGAGUCCCUUGAGAAAGAGGAUAUGAUUUCCUGUUAUAAUCUACUGCGAAAAUUCAGGUUCGUGAAUUUCAAUACCCCCAACUCUGUGAUAUGCCCAAAUUUAUCAUCAAGCCAAUCAAGCUCUGCUUCUGAGAAUUCUUCAAUUACUUCGACUGUUGGCGCAAAGAGAAGACUUGCAUAUCCUGAUGGUGAUCGAUCUUGUCCUCCUCGCAAGAGUCAUCGCCCAUAG